UAAUACUAUAAAUAUCCGACUCAUUCGUUCAGUCGUCUCCAGAAAUCCGGAGUGGGAAAACGAAAAAGCAAUAAUCAGAAUUCUUUCUUCCCUCUACAAUCUAAGGUCAUCACUUCUGAUUUUUGAAAACUCUAUAGGCACUUGGUAACAUUUAUCUGAGGAACAAUGGCUGUUUCUGUCAAGUCUAUGGCUCUCAUUGUCGCAACUUUUGGUGUGAUAUCCUUUAUAUUUGGAGUCGUAGCUGAAAACAAGAAGCCUGCAGCUGGAACUCCCAUCCCAGGCAAGGGCCUUGUUAUCUGUAAAUAUCCGAGCGAUCCAACUGUGGCGUUGGGAUAUCUUUCGGUUGUGUUUCUUCUUGCUUCAUCGAUUGCAGGAUACUUUUCCUUGUUCUAUCCUUACCAAGGAAAAUCUGUUCCUCGAGGUGCCAUGUUUAGGAGCAGCAGUUUCUCUGUUUUCUUCAACAUUGCUGUGUUCACGACUGGAUUGGCUAUAACUUUACUCGUGUGGCCCACGGUCACAGAGCAACUUCACUUGACGCGCAACGUUCAUCACAAUCUCGAGACAGAGUGCCCAACCGCUAAGACCGGUCUUCUGGGUGGUGGUGCUUUUCUAUCCCUGGAUUCGUCCCUGCUCUGGUUGGUUGCCUUGAUGCUGGCGGGGAAUGCUCGAGAGGACUACUUCGAAGAAAUAGAGGAAAAAGGAACCAACAGUGAAGCUCUUAAGAGCAGCGCAUGAAGGAAGGCUCUUGGUUUACAUUCAAUGAGAAUAAUAAUUUGGUUUCUGUUUACUAUUGAGUUUAGUUGUUAUUGAGUGAGGAUUUACUUGUGAAUAUGGUAUUCUUCCUCAUAAUUUUAUUAUUGGACUGGACAGUCCUUGCGAACAUCAAUUGUAACAUAGACCAAAUUUCUAUUUUAUAGGAUAAUCUAUCUUUUUGAAGUAUAAA